AUGACGUACCGAGGGUAUAUGCGGACGUUGAAAGAGUUGAAUGACUCGGAGUCGGUGUAUACUCGGUCGAGUAGUUACGUGUGCACAGCGAAGGGGAGUGCUGGCAUGCGUUCGAAUGACGCGAUGACGUUUGUAUGCGUGGAGCGGAGCGAGAAGAUGUCGCUGCUAAAGUCGAUAUUCCAUCGUUCGGUCUCACCACAACAGAGGAACAUGUUCGAGAGCGCGGAGACAGGGGUGCAGGCCGGACUAAGGGAGUUACGGGCGGAAUAUGACGAACAGGCAUUGAAGAACACGGACAGUCCCGGUUCGAGCGCAGAUACCACGACCGCAGAUAGCGGCUCUAGUCAUGGUCGGCGUGCGUCUUCGCAAACACGUUUGUCCGGGUUUGGGUUACCGGCGAAACAUCGCGACAAGGUGCCCGCACCGCCGACUUUGGAGGAGAUGCGCGAACGCUCGGCGGGUCUAAUUGCCGCAGAGGUCACGCCCGAAGAGAUGGAUGAGUACCGCCGCAUUGACACUCUGUCCGAUGAGACACAAUUCCGGGCGAUUAAAGCUGGAGUCCGUACACGACUCAUGCGCCAGCAGGGACCAAAGGACGGACUCUACGACGCGAACGAGUGGCGAAGUCUCGCCUCGCCACUUACCGGACAUGUCUUCGGCACCCACCAAACCCUGGCUGACUCUGAGCUGCCGCCACCAAUGCCGUCGGGCAACGGUCAGGCGUCACCGCGCAAGGGCAGGACCCAUGUCGGUCGCAAAGAAGGCCAAGAGCCGCCCCGAAAAGGUGGUCAGGCCGGAGGUCAGGCCGGAGGUCAUGCCGGAGGUCAGGCCGGAGGUCAUGCCGGAGGUCAGGCCGGAGGUCAGAUCUCAGCCCGGAAGUGGAAGAGUCGGGCGAAGUUCAAUCCCACUGCGUUUAGCACGGCCGUGGCAGCCAUGCCGGAUGACGUCUCGAGGCUGCAGGCCACGCACCGGUGUAGUGUGUCUUCCACGGCCACCCUCGAAGACGACGCCUUCGACCCACACUCGCUGACGGCGGGGCCGUGUCCCAUGCGGUUGCUCGACUAUGACCCGAGUCGAGGCGUGAGCGCGUACAAGAAACCGCGAGCCAUUCCGCUUGAGGUCUCGGUCACGGCGGACGGCGCACAAUCGGUCUUCCAAUCGCCCUACCAGUCGGCGUACCAGUCUCCCUUGAUCGGUACUGCUCGAGGUGGUGCCGGUAGUGCUCGCGCUGCAGGUAGCGGGAGUACGACCGUGACUGGGUUGGACAACAGCGGGAUCUUUACAGACCCGGACCCGAACGACUCGUUCUUCCGGAAGUUGGUGCACCGAGACCGAUCGGAGAAGCCGAAGGUGGAGCGGAUUGUAGGGUGCGUGACAUAUGCGCCGUACGAGUCGGGGUGGGCGGUGGUGAGUGAGUGCAAUGAAGUAGAAAUCCGUCUGCUGUGCGUUACGGCCAUGCGUGGUGUCGCCGGGUUGUUGCUCGACCAUUGCGUCAGGAUUGCGGAUGAAGAAAAACGGUCGAACGUGCAUGUUUUGGUCGGGGCUGCAAACAAGGCCGCACACCUACUCUAUGUGCGACAUGGUUUCCGACGUAAUGCAAAACUCGAUAAAGUCGACCCCAAGACGCAACAAGAACUCAAGUGCUUCUCCUUCCCUCUCGGUCACGCCGUCCCUCUCGAACUACAGGACAUCAAACCUGUCGUCGCCGACCCGGAAACGACACCUAAAAGUCCGCAUCGCGUCAGAGCCAUCCAACACCUCAACGGCGUCAUGCCCAAACGCCGCGCCCUGGCUGUCCAGCAACUCGACUUCAAGAGCGAAUUCGUCGUCUUCAAGGGCGUGUAA